AGUAAAAAUAAAAUUAACUCUGGAAAAGAUAACUGGAAACAAUCUACAUACCGAUAUUCAAGUAAUAUUCUACGCUGUCUUAGACUUGAACGUAUUUCUUUAUCGUAUUAAAAUAGGUUAUAUGAGAAACCCUUUACAGGGAACUGUGCUUGUGUGUUACGUUCCUGUUCCCGAGUCACUGCUAGGGGUGCUUGCCCUGCGGGUGAACUUAGACAGUAGGUUGCCGCCACGAAAGACGGUUUUAACGUCGAUAGUCACUAUUCGAAUCGUUCAGUAACCCGAAUGUCAGUCGAUAUCUGCAAACUCGAUGGCCAGGAUGGGAAGGUUCUUCCAAUUCAUGUGCCACAGAACGUGAGUCUGUUGGAAACGUAUCGUUACGUCAUGGAAAAUGCAGCAGAUUCCAGAGUAGCAGAUUGGAUGUUAAUGAGUAGUCCGUUUCCAUUGUUAGGAAUUAUAUUUCUUUAUUUGCUUUUUGUUCUUCGUCUUGGCCCAUUGUGGAUGAAAUAUCGAAAACCGUACAAUUUAAACAAGAUCAUGAUUUGUUACAAUAUUUUUAUGUCAACCGCCAGUGGAACUGUAUUUUAUGGGUUGCUAACGUCCGCCACGAAAUUUUCUCUUGGAUGCGAACCUCAUAUCGUUAUGAAUGAUCCUAAAUCUUAUCGUAUGGCUCGAUGGAUGUGGAGGCUCUUAAUGUUGAAAGUCCUCGAGUUGAGCGACACCAUCAUCUUCGUUCUAAGGAAAAAAUACAACCAAGCAUCUUUUCUUCACAUUUAUCACCACACGUCGACCGUUCUUCUUGCUUGGAUAGCGUGCAAAUUUGUCCCAGGUGGUAUGUGGCCGUUCACGAUUAUGCCAAACUGCAUCGUGCACGUGAUUAUGUACACCUAUUAUCUGCUCGCCUGCUUGGGCCCAGAAGUGCAAAAGAGGAUCGCGCCUUGGAAACAAUACAUUACGGGUUUACAAAUGAUCCAGUUUAUUAUUAUGAUAUGUUAUACGUUUCAAACUUUGUUGCCUUCGUGUGAACCAAAUCGAAAACCGAUAGCCUAUAUCUAUAUGUCGCAGAUCCUUAUCAUGUUUGGUAUGUUUUGCGACUAUUACAAGAAAUCAUAUCUCAGAAAAAAGAUGAAGUAAUAAUGAUUCAAAGAGGAUCAGAAAAGUCGAGGUGAUUUCGGAUUACACAUUGUGUAAAUGCUACCAUGAAAAUCCAGUAGAGUCUAACCAUUGUGACCGCGCGAUAUGCUUCAUCCUGGAGGGCGUAUCUCUCUACACAGUGAUAAUUCCAUGAAAAAUCGGAAUGGAACGAUCGUGAAUGCUUGAUAAAAUGCGGUUGGUGGAACACAUUAGAAAGACACGCAUCAGGAAGCAAGCAUGGGGCAUGAUACAAGGGUAAAAUUCUCGUAUCCGAGUCAGCUCGCAUUUUUGCUCGCGGGGAUGCUUUUAGUCGAUCCUCUAUUCUUUUCUUUUUUUUUAUUUUUUUUUAUUUUAUUUUAUUUUAUUUCUUCGUUUUCCCUUUCUCUCUCUUUCAUCAGUGUCCUCUCGAAACGAAACACAUAUUACAUUUCGUUCCGUAUCGAUACAGCGGUAGCACACGCGACACGAUCGUGACUGUGAUUUUAUUAAAAUCCAGCAAAUAGUGGAUCGACGUUAACGUUCGUUCCACACUUUCACGGAAUAUUUUAUUCUUUCGUUUGUAGUUUUGCAAAUUCCCCCCCCCCUUUUUUUUCUUUUCUUUUAUUUUAGAAAUGUAAAAUGAUGAGGCAUUAACUUCUUGAGGGAUGAAUUUAUCAAAAUCGAUAAAAAAUUAUUAUUUCUUUUUUUUUUUUUAAUAACACAUUCAUAUUGUUCAUUUACUAUGAAUCGGUGUAAGUAAGAAUCGUUAAGUUGUUAAUUUUUAAAUAACUAAGCUUUUUUGAUGUGAUGAUGCAUUAUUUAAUUUUUACACUUGAAUUUAUUAGUUAAAUAUUUUGUUCGAAUAAAUCCACGCGAGGUAAACGUUCAAAUAAAGAAAAUUAAGUAUUAAUUAUAGUUAUAGUUAUACGCUAUAUAAGUUUUGGAUUUUACUUAUACAACGAACUUAUAUUUUACACAUAUAUUGGAAUAACAAACUGAAAUGUUUGUAUAAUAAAGGUUAUUAAAUUUAAA